CCCCUCUCUCUCUCUCUUUUCUGAAGUGUGUUUUCCUGGUGGGACAUGCGGGGAGAGGGGCUGUGCUCACACUUCCACGGACUGGGACAGAGCUGAGCGGCGGCAGCUCCGACCAGCUAAAUACAUGAACUCUCCUCAGUCACAUCUGCCGUUGGGCCAGUUGGAAAACAUUUGCAUAAAGCUGCGAUCCGACCCCAACGAUGCCGUCGCUGUCUGCUCCGGGGGCGCUUGAGAGUUUGUAAAGAGUUUGAGGGAAGAACCGGUUUUCCUUGGGACAUUACCGCAGCUUUUGUGUCUUUGAAUGGUGGGUUGUUUUUCCUGCCUGACAGGGCCAAGGAGAAGUUACAGCUGCCCCCCGAAAAAGCUCUCUGCCACUAAUUCUUUACAGAUGGACUUGAGAUAAUUACAAUUGAAGCCCUACUCUUUUCCUGAACUCCAGCCAGUCCCAGAGCCCCCAUCAUUCAUCAGAAUGACUGAUCCCACUGGGCUGCGAUCUGAACUGGAGGGGACAGGCAUGGCGGAGGUCGACACCUGUAGUUUGGAAAUAGAGAGAAAGUAUGACAUCAUCCCUGCCGUCAUCUGCUCCAUGUGUUGCCUUUUUGGUAUAAUCUACUGCUUUUUUGGUUACCGCUGCUUCAAGGCUGUCAUGUUUCUGUCUGGUCUGAUGUUUGGCUCGGUCAUCAUCUUUCUGUUAUGUCAUAAGGAGCACGUGCUGGACACCCAGCUGAGCGUGGAGGCCAGUGCAGGCAUCGGCCUCGGCAUAGGCCUCCUAUGUGGCCUAGUCACGAUGCUGGUGCGGAGUGUGGGCCUCUUCAUGACGGGCCUGCUGUUGGGACUCCUCCUGGCCCUCGCCGCCCUGCUGGUCACCCACCAGUUCUACACGCCGACCACAGUCUGGGUGCCCCUGGGUGCUUUACUGGGAACAGGCAUGCUGUUUGCCGUGCUCACACUGCAGUGGCAGAAAAUGUUCACCAUGCUCUCCACUGCUGUGUUCGGAGCCGCGAUCAUGACAGUGUGUGCAGAUUACUUUGUGGAGAUGCUGGCUUUGGGCAACCAUGUAUAUGACACGUUGCGCCUCACGCCUGGGCCGGCGCUGUGCUGGUAUAGCUGGGUCAUUCUGGGCAUCUGGCCUGCUCUCAGCCUAAUAGGAGUACUGGUGCAGUGGAAACUGACAGACGACAGCUUCUCACACACUGAGGUUGUCAUCAGCCGAAGGCAGAAGAGAGUCCAGCUGAUGCGGAUCCGAGAGAAGGACGCCAAGAAGCGACAGCAGGCAGGUGGGCAGGAAGGCACGUACCGCCGUAAACCCACCCCAGUGAAACGUUACGCUGGGGAUCUACUGGCACCGAGUUACCUGCAAAGUCUGCGGGACAGACAGAUGGGCACAGGCACUUCCCUUAGCAGCCAAGGCACCAUGAACCAGACCAUGAUCGACAUAGACUACGAUACUGGAUCCACGGCCCCCCUCACAGCCACUACGCCCGUCGUCAGGGUCUGAACCUCACAGAGACGGGACAUGGGACUUUGUUGCGCUCUCUGGUUAUCUUAACUGUGUCUUCCUAAUGUAGAGUAGAACCAAGAACCUGCUCCACUAGACUGAGGCUUUUAUUACCGUGAAACGGAUGUGGAGCAAGGACGGUUAUUCUCCUUUAGUGAAUCCUGAGUGUUCAGUGGAAUAAAAUGCUGCUCGCCGGUGGGAAGAGACAGGUGUCCAACUCCUGUUUGAUGAUGCUAAAACCACUGUGACCUCUGUUUUUCUCAGAGAAACAAUGAAAACGGAUACUAACAAAAUAAAGACGUUUCUACUCCCCUUAUAUUAACUAGGAAAGCACAAGUACGAGCCUUAGAAACAUUUAUUUCUGUUCUGGUGUUUUACAUUACGUGUACUGUACUUCAGAAGUUAGUCGUGGCCAUCAACUGUUAAGUUACUGUCCGUCUCACUAUCUUAUUGGUUGAGGAUUUGAUUGAGUUUGUCAUUAAAGUGAAUUUUUUUGCAUAUUAUUUUCUUCCUAGAGGAAUUCUUUUGACAGAGUAAAACAUGUGGACACAAGGAGUUUGACAAAAUGAGGCAUGUGUCCCAGCUGCACUUCAGACCAGUUUUUGUUUUGCAGUGUUUGCUCAUCAGAAUGCAACCGCGGAAGAGUCUGUUGUGUAAGCUUGUGGAGUAACCUUUUUUUUUAUAAAUAUAAUUUAUGUAAUGAUUAAUUACCUGGUAGUGUUUCUUAAAAAAGGACAAAAAACAAAGCAUGUUUGUUAAUGUGUAGGAUUUUCAAUAAUUCUCCAUUUGUUCUUGGGAUUUUACAGGAAGAGUACGCUGGUUUCCUAUUUGUGUAAAUACGUGUUGAUAGAAAUUUCACAGUUAAAUAAAUCUGUUU